GAUUAUAAAGAAGAUACCUGCUGAAAUCAUAUACUCACUUAACAGCCAUGCUUUAUGAAUAAUAAAUACCAAAAUAGAGCUAACCGAUGAAGGAGCAGGGAAUCACUCGUGAGAGAAAAAAAGUAUAGGAACAUGGUAUUCUGAUUUAGAGUCAUUGUUUUACAAAUACUCUGAGUGUAUCUAAUUUAUGAAUGAUGGAUAAAAAAUAUACCAUGCUCUAGGUUUCUGUAUUUCUUGAAAGUGUUAGGUAAAACUGGAACAAGAAAAAUUGUAAAAUAAUAAUAAACACACACACACACACACGCACAAACAUCGAAAUAAAGUUGAAAUAUGAGUUUAAAGCGUGUGAGUUUAAGUGACACAAAUCUGCACAGUGAGAUGAAGAUUUGGAGAAGAAACAAGAUGGAGGAUAGAAAACUUGCUUUACAGAAUGAUAUGGUGGACAAACAUAUGGCGGUCAGACGAAAAAGUUACCUUCAAGAACAGGUGUCAAUAAAUAAGGACUUUGAUAAAAGGUUUUCAAAAUUGACGCCUACUGCGGAUGAAUACCUCGAAAAAUCUCAGGCCAAGUACUCCACAUGGAAAGAACGUGAAAGAGAACGGUUGGACAGGAAAUAUCGUAGUCUACACAAAUCAUAUCUGAACGAGUAUAACAAGCUAGGAAUAAAACAUUAUGGUCCUCAGAAAGAACGCAAUUAUUCAAAAUCCGAGAACCAGGCUGAUGCUACGAGAGAAGAUACUGAAAACGAUACGGCGAGUGUGUCUUUUGCUGAUGAGCCAAUGAGCGAAGAGGAAGCAUGGUUAGCGUUAGGAAAAUUAAAUUUGGAUAUAAGUCGCAGACGAUUUUCUGACUUGAAUAUCACUGGUAAAUAUCCGACAAGCAGACGGCGCGGCUCAACGGGAUCUAUAGAUCUUGCAGAGUUUGCGAAGCUCCGUUCUUUACAUCUUGCCUUAACAUCUGUUGCAGAAGACGCUCAUGACGAAGAAAGUGACGAUGAAAAUGAACGUGAAACGGACGACAAAUUGGAAGAACUGAAUGAUAUAACCACUAGACGCAAAUCUGUGACGAUCAAAGAGGAGCCGGUUGAAGACGUCGAGGUGGAAGAUUUAAUUGUAAGACCUAAACGGAGAGCGUCUAUUGCUACAACUACAAUUCCUAAACUUCCGGUCAAAGACAGUCCCAUUCCUCUUGGAAAACGCUUUGACAGAAGGCCCACACUUCCAAACUUAGCAAUACCAUUCAAUUAUGGAAAUUGAAUUCUACUGCCUAUAUUCUUGUUCUUGAUAAUAAUGCGUGUAUAUAGAGUUAAAAUAGUUUCAUAAGCACAGUGUUACCCUUCCUUUGGUGGAAAUGACGUCUGAAAUACUUUUCUGUGUGCACGAUUUGUCUAUGUCUUGCGCAAGACAAAAUAUCUCACGUAUGCUGUGUGCACGACAUAAGAAAUGUGUCUGGAAGCUGGAAAUAACAAAAUGAAAAUAUUUUUUCUAAGUUUUAUGCACGACAUGCUAUCUCAUGCACCUGACUUGGCUUUGUCGUGAUUAAGAAUAUUAUCUCGUGCGUACGACUACAAUAGUAUUUACAUGUGUCACAUUUAGUAUACCGUACUUUCUGCCUAUGAUGUGCCAUUUUUUUCUACGUUGUACAGACAAUACACUGUCUCAUGCACACGGUUAGACAUUUUUUUCAUAUCAAGGCUGCAGUGCGUUUCGUUUAUGAUAAAAUUCCAAGAAGAAUGUUUCGUACAGUUGCAUGCUUAUUUCUUAGAUGCACCUUCGGGUUCAAACAUACGGGCACACAUGGGGAAUGCUGCUAACGUAUUGCGAAACUUAUUCUCAAAAUAGCUUAAGUCGUUCAAAAUUCCAGAAUUAGUGUUUUGCUAGGACGAGCAUUAUAGUAUUCGUUAAAUGAAUAAAAAUUACAAUGCUUCAACACAUAGGUGGGUCUUUGUAAAAUUUUGUGUUUGUGGUUUCACCAAGUUUAAUCUUCAGACUUCUGAUUUACCGCUUAUCAAAUAAUUCAAAAAAGAAUCAUUUAUUUUGCA